AUGUCCCCAGCAGCAGCUCCAACAAGAUCUCAGGUGCUAAACUUAUACAAGCAGUUUGUGAAGAACGCAAAACAGUUCAACGAUUAUAAUUUCCGCGAAUACUUCCUAAGAAGGGCAAGGUUUGAUUUCAAAGAAAAUGCUGCGAUCCAGGAUCCGGCAAAACUGGCUGCCAUCUAUGAGGAAGCACAGAAAAAUUUAGGGGUUCUAAAGCGACAAUCCGUUAUUUCCCAAAUGUACACUUUUGACAAACUAGUGGUGGAACCUCUACAUAAAUCGCAUAAACGUGACAGCCGUUGA